ACUCAUCUCUUUCUCUAUUUAUCUAUCUUUACAUUGUUUAUCUCAAUGGGAUCAUCAGCGGCGGGAGCUCUCCUCCUCCUCGUCCUAGCCGUCGUCCCUGCCGCCUUCGCCGUGACUUUUCAGGUCGGCGAUAUUGGUUUCUGGAACAGUGGUGUCGAUUACACCGCUUGGGUUGCUGGAAAGACUUUCAGGGUCGGUGACACUCUAGAGUUCCAAUAUGGACCGUCACACUCGGUGGCCAUAGUGAAUAAAGCUGGAUUCGAUACCUGCGACAGUACCGGAGCAACACAGACCUUCACCGGUGGAGACAAUAAGAUCGAUCUUACAACAGUUGGAACUAUUCACUUCAUUUGCCCUACUCCUGGUCACUGCCAAGGUGGCAUGAAACUCGCCGUUACCGUUCUUGCCGCUGUUCCACCACCGGCCACUCCUUCACCACCUCCUUCCCCAAAAUUACCACCGCCUUCGCCUCCAACUCCACCGACUUCUCCAAAACUUCCACCGCCUUCCCCAAAAUCACCACCGUCUUCUACUCCUUCCCCAAAAUCUCCACCGUCUUCCACUCCUUCUCCAAAGCUUGCACCUCACUCUCCGCGUAAACCUAAAACUCUGCCUCCAUCUGCUUCUCCACCAGCCAAUGGCACACCGAAGUCAGAGUCGCCAUCCUCUCCACCCACGACGUCUCCAAUGACGUCCCCCUCACCGUCUCCAUCGCCACCAGAUAACGCAGCGGCUAAGGGAAACAUGAUGAGCUACGGAAUGAUGGGGAUCACCAUGUUAUUGAUGUACGGUGUCAUGAACUAAGUUACAGAGUUAAGACAGCUCUGUUUUUUGGUCAACCACUACUACGUUUUAAUCACCUGCUGUCAACCACUACUACGUUUUAAUCACCAUGUUAUUGAUGUACGGUGUCAUGAACU